GGACUGUCGACAAAUGGAACCAGCAAGCAGCAAAAUAGAAAAAUGUCGUCUUUGUCAAUGGAAUGUGAAGUUACAGAAGAUGUGACCUGUGAAUAAUAUUGUGAAUUAUUCUGUUUGAAAACUCGUUAGUUUAUUGUUUUUUAUGAUCAAGUUUUGAAACUAAAAUACCAAUUAAAGAUGAGUAAAUAUACGUAUUCAACGGCCAACCUAACCGAUAAGGAAUUGAAGGAACAAGGAAACAGACUUUUCAGUUUGAGAAAAUAUGAUGAAGCUAUCAACUUUUACACUAAAGCAAUUAAAAAGAACCCUAUGGUUCCAACGUAUUUCACCAAUCGAGCCCUGUGUCAUUUGAAAAUGAAGAAAUGGGAUGCAUCCUGUCAAGACUGCCGACGGGCGCUGGAUAUGGACUCAGCUCUUGUCAAAGGCCACUUCUUUCUGGGCCAGGCUCUAUUCGAAAUGGACAACUAUGAUGAGGCUAUAAAGCAUUUACAGAGAGCGCAUGACUUGGCUAAGGAACAAAAGUUGAAUUACGGCGAUGACAUUGCAAGCCAGUUGCGAUCGGCCAGAAAGAAACGCUGGAAUCAACAAGAAGAGAAACGAAUUGCACAAGAAAUAGAAUUACUGACCUAUCUUAAUCGGCUAAUAUUACAAGAUGCCAGAUCGCAGAUAAAUAAUGUGCAAAACAACGAUAAACUAACGAAUGAAGAGAUGCAUAAGAGAAUUAUGGACAUUGAAAGGAAUUGUGAUAAUAACACAAGUGAACUGAACUCGCUUUUUGCCAAAAUCGAUGAAAGGAGAAGGAAACGUGACGUCCCCGACUAUCUAUGUGGAAAAAUCAGUUUCGAAAUUCUAAAGGAGCCCGUUAUUACUCCUAGUGGAAUCACAUAUGAAAGGAAGGACAUCGAAGAACAUUUGCAGAGGGUGGGCCACUUCGACCCAGUGACCCGUGUUAAGCUGACGCAAGAUCAGCUGAUCCCCAACUUCGCCAUGAAGGAGGUGGUUGACUGCUUCCUGCAGGAUAACGAGUGGGCGUUGGAUUACUGACAACUCAACGUGAAUCAUCGCCGUCAGCUGCGUGGCCCGGGGGGAGGGGGGUUGGCAUUAUGGUGCUGCUGAAUCUUCUGAACAAAAUCACCCCGACCGAAAAAACCUCCUCGAUUAGUUGUAAAGGUAUACUAUUCGUUUCCGAUCAUCUGUUUGUAAAGGUAUACUAUUCGUUUCCGUUCAUCUGUCUCAGUACGGUACAGUAAUAGCGUAGAAAGAAGAUAGCAUAAGAAGAUAUGCCAUGGUAUAGGGCGUUUAUGUUCCAAAUUUCACUGUUACUCAAACCGAUAGUUCUAGUAGUUAUUAUUCGUGAAGCUAUGUCAGACUGGUAAGCCAGUUACAAACACAUUUUUGGACAAAACUGGCUUCUAUCUGAAAUGUGUUUGUUUUUACAAACACAUUUCAGACUCACAGAUUUUUAGGCUUCCUUCUAAAUUCUAGCAAGCCAGUUAAACACAUAUCAAUUUUUGGACGUUACAUUUUUAGCCGUGCUUAUGAAUUCUAUCAUAUUGAACGGAAAUUGACAAACAUCAUCUGUUCAAUCAUAAUAGAAUUUAUAAGGA